AUGUCCGAAUCCCGUCUAUACUCUUUCUCGCCCGAAACAAAAGAGAAGCUGCGCAAGUUCCGUCUGGGGACUUCGCGCGCUAAAGAUGCUCAGGCUGUUAUCUACUUGAUCGACAGCAAGAGUCAAGAAAUCCGGCCAGAGGAUGGCGAGGUCUACACCAAGAUGGAGGACCUCGCCGAUGAGCUCCCGGAGACGUCUCCACGAUUCAUCCUACUGAGUUACCCGUUGACCUUGGCGUCUGGCCGUCUCACCGUUCCCUAUGUGAUGCUCUACUACCUCCCCGAGAACUGCAACCCUUCGCUGCGCAUGAUGUAUGCGGGCGCCGUCGAGCUGAUGCGCAACACUGCCGAAGUGACCCGGGUGAUUGAGGUAGAGAGCGAGGAGGAUAUUGUUGGGAUUGAGGCGAAGUUGCAGGGUCAGAAGUGA